CGAGGGCGGGGCGGGGGCGGGUGGGCGCCGCCAUUUUGCAGGAAGAGGGGUGUCCGGGCCUGUCAGCGAGGGGAGAGCAGCGUCUGCCAUGGCCAAUGUGCUCUGUAACAGAGCAAGAUUGGUCACCUACCUCCCAGGCUUUUAUUCCUUGCUCAGAAGAGUUGGGAAUGCCAAGGCUUUUUCCACUGCAGGAUCUUCUGGCUCAGAUGAGCCUCACGUGGCUGCUGCACCUCCUGAUUUAUGUCCCAGGACGGUGUGGCCGGACGAGCUGAUGGGGCCCUUUGGCCCUCAGGACCAGCGCUUCCAGCUGCCCGGGAACAUCGGCUUCGGGUGCCACCUGCAUGGCACUGCCACGCAGAGAGCCCAGCCCGCCCAGAGCCUGCCCGACCUCCUGGCCGAGCCCUCGGCCAGCGACAGGCACGAGUUUGUCAUGGCCCAGUACAUCAACGAGUUCCAGGGUUCUGAUGCUCCCCAGAAGCAGCAGAUCAACAAUGCUGAAACCUACUUUGAAAAUGCCAAGGUGGAAUGUGCAGUGCAAGCCUGUCCUGAGCUGCUGAGAAAAGAUUUCCAGGCGCUGUUCCCGGAGGUGAGCCCCAAGCGCCUGACCGUGCUCACUGUCACCCAGAAGAGCAAACACGACAUGAGCGUGUGGAGCCAGGAGGUGGAGGAGGAGAGGGAGCUGCUCCUGGAGAACUUCAUCAAUGGUGCCAAGGAAAUCUGCUAUGCAAUUUCUUCUGAGGGCUACUGGGCUGAUUUCAUUGAUCCAUCCUCAGGACUGGCAUUUUUCGGGCCUUACACCAACAACCCCCUGCUGGAGACGGACGAGCGCUACCGGCACUUGGGAUUUGCCGUGGAUGACCUGGGCUGCUGCAAAGUGAUCAGGCACAACCUCUGGGGCACCCACGUGCUGGUGGGCAGCAUCUUCACCAACGCCGAGCCCGACAGCCCCAUCAUGAGGAAACUCAGUGGCAACUGAGCCCGCAGCUCCCUCGGGCAGCUUCGAGUUCUUCUCCCUCGGCGUCGUCAGGAAUUCCUCACAUCCAAGUGUUCUUAGAGAAUAAAAGUAGCUGUUAUUUA